CCAUACCAACAUCCUUUCAGCGCAGUCGUUUUAUGAAGAGUGCGAUUCAAUGUAUGCUCUUGUUGAUGAUCUUCCCCUCACACUGGGGCACCUGGUUGGGUGCCGAUUCUUGUAUCCGACGGAUAUUGAAUUAGCUUUAAUGGUUUGGCACAUUCUGAGUGGGCUAUGCUACUUGAACCAGCUUGGAUUCGAGCAUCAAUCACUAUCAUGCCAGAAUAUUCUGUGGGGUCUCGAUGGGGUGGUAAAGAUCGCUAGUUUGGAGUCUUGUGUGGCAAGCUCUUCAAGUCAAAGACAAAGGCAACACGUAAAAUCAUUAGGCUCUAUCAUCAUGGAGCUUAUGCAAAAGUACGUGAAAGAUGACGGAAUCAUAGGGGUCGAUGACUUGAGUCGUUGGCCAGUUGAAUCGCAUGCGUUCGGGUUCCUAUCUGCUAUUUCGGCAACAAAUUCCAUCGAAUCUCUGAAAACAGUAAGAGGCUCUAGUGUCAUAUGGAUUCGGAGUGAAAUGAGACUGAAACUUCUAGGAUUCAUUAUGAAAAAGUAUCACCAUUCAUUGGGUGAGCUAGUUCUGCUUGCUCGGUCAGUCUUACUGUCAGCAAAAAUAUUCUAUUCCUAUGAGAAACAACGGCUCUUUGUCCUUUCGAAUUAG